AGCAGCAGCAGCAGCAGCAGCGAAUGCGAGUCGGUCUUCCAGGUUGUAGAUCAGUCAGGCGUGCUGACGUGUCGCCAGGAUUUGCUUGCCAAUUUCGAAGACGCCAAUGGUGAGGCUGUGAUAGACCUGGGUAUCAAUCUGGAUCCGGAUGGCCGGGAAGCGAUAUUCUUUGUGUCGGACGGGCGUCUCUGGAGGCUAAACAUUUCCACGGCGGGCGGCGCCAACGGUGCUCAACGGAGUGCCGCCAGCGAUUCAUCACCCACUCGCUCUCCCCCUCCCACUCCCACCCUCCUCCAUGGCCCUUGGUCGAACGAUAGCGGAGCACUUAGAGCGGUGGCUAUAGUUGAUCGGCAAGUGGACGGCCAGAAGAACACGAGGAGAAUGAUUUUCGUUGACGACAUAAUAAAUCUUUGCCUUCGUGCGUUCUCGAUCGACGGCGUGGACCCGCCUUUUGAAGGCGUGCUCAAUUACAGUUACGGGACUGGCAGUGCGCGAAUGUCUAGCCUUGCUAGCUACUCCAAAGGCCACCUCUUGUACGGUACCUCGGACUCGGCGAUUUACCGGCUUAAUCUGACGUGGGAAAGCGACAAAGCGAUCCCUGCGGGAGACCAGCAGCAGUCCCAGCAGCUGCCGGAUCUGGAACUCUGGCUGGGAUCCGCUCCAGGAGUACGUGGCCGAGGCGGCGUGAUAUUGAUUAGACCGUACGUCAGUACGACUGCCAUUACCUCGGACGGGGAAGUCAUGUAUGUCGCCGAGAGGAAAGUGCAUACCGUCAGCCGACUCCUAGUGUCCAGCGAGCUCAUGGAGACAAUUGCGGGAAGGCAUGCUCGGGCCGGCUAUCUCGAUGGCCCUGCUUUGAACGCAACCUUCACAGAGCCCAUCACGUUAGCAUUGGCAUCCGACGAGUGUAAUCUCUUCGUUGGCGAGUUCGGUGGUAGAAUACGGCUCGUCACCUUCAAUGGGACCGACACCAGUGUUCGGACGCGUCUCAAUAUGGGCAAGGGGGUUGUGAUGUCCUUGGCUAUUCAUCCCAACAACGAAGCACUCUAUGUUGCCUCAGGGGGGGGCAGAUCGAUGCUGUUGGAACUGGCCUUGAACAAAUCUGCACUACCGAAGUGCACUCCCCCUCCACGUGAUCCUGUCCAAGCGAAUUUGCCUCCCCUCUCCUCCUCCUCUGCUCCCUCUCCCUCUUCGUCCACCACCUUUCCCCCCUCCCCCUCCCUCUCCCCCUCCCCCUCCCCCUCCUCCCCCCCCCCAUCUGCCCGCUUCCUUAUCAUAGCGACGGUGCUGUCUCUGGUGCUUGUCGCAGUGGUGGCCGCGGCUGUGAUGGCUUUACGGAGGAGGAGAGCGCACGAUGGUGGCUCGUUGUGCUGUUGCUGGAGGCGGCUGGGGGGUGAACAAGUGGGGUACGACAAGCAGCCUGUGGUAAAGGAACCGGUCGCACUCGAUACCCCGUCUGCGGCGACGGAGGAUGAGGAGGAUGGUACGUGGGAUUCGUUUUGGAAGCAAAGCAAUACCCUGGGAAAGAGUGCCGCUGAGUCCUCCCGCAGUUUUCCGUGGAAGUUGCGCCCGUCCGGUCUCCAGUGGUUCUCGCUCGGACAGCUGGCGAGCGCCUGUGAUGGGUUCCAAUCGAGGAAUCUGAUUGGCAAAGGGGGAUCAGCGGAAGUCUACAAGGGGGUGCUGUCCACGGGGGAAGUGGUGGCGAUCAAACUGAUGAAGGGUGGGGAUUUCUCCAAGGCAAGUCUUAGGCAGUUUCAAGCGGAGCUCGACUUGCUCGGCACCAUCCGCCAUAGCCAUCUCUGCAGUAUUCUCGGGUUCUGCACGGAAGACGAUGUGUCGUUGAUCGUCUAUCCCUUCAUUUCAGGAGGGAGCCUUCACGACCGUCUGCACAAUUUGCCCCCCUCUCUCUUCUCUCCGUCCGCCGGCGAUGGUGGAUGGGAUACGGGCGAUUGGCAGCGGCGGCGGCUGGGGGGGGAUGGGGCUGCAGAUACCAACCCCACAGUCAGCAGCGACGGUACGAUUACUACUAGUACUAUUAGUUGUAGCAGCAGUAGGAGUAUGAGCAGGAGUCUCCUAGCCGGAUCGCGAUCACCACUGACUUGGAAGGAUCGCUUGUCUGUCGCCCUGCAGGUGGCGAAGGCUCUUCGGUUUCUUCACGAGGAUCUGGACCCACCUGUUGUCCACAGGGACGUCAAGAGCAGAAACAUAUUGUUGGAGGGUGGGAGCGGCAGCAGCGGCCCACUGAGGGCCUAUCUGGCGGACUUUGGACUGGCCAAGCGAGGGCAGAGUGUCUUCGGCAAAAUCCAGGCAGGGGAAACAGUGGAGACCUACCACGUGUCGGGGACCAUCGGGUACAUGGCGCCAGAGUACUUCAGGUAUUGCCGACUCACGGCCAAGAACGACGUUUAUGCGUUCGGGGUGGUGUUGCUCGAGCUCAUCACUGGUAGAAAAGCCUUCGCCGCCACGAGGGAUGAGGACAACAACAACAACAACGACAACAACAAAAAGGAGAAGGAGGAGGAGGUGGGAGAAGUUGGUGGUGAUGCGGAGAAGGGGGGCGAGGAGAAGACGAUGGAGCAGGAUGAGGUGGUGUCCGAGACUCUGGCAUCCUGGGUAAUGGGAAAGCUGGCGAUGUUGAACUCCCUGCCCCCGGAAGAGGGAGAAGGGGGCAGCAUUUCACGCAGCCAGAGCUUGAAGAACCUCCAGGCUGUCAGAUGGGUAAUUGAUGAGCGGAUGGUGAGGACAUUCGACGGUGGCGGGAUUGAUUGGUCCGCGGCGAGCGGGGUGCUCCAGGUGGCCAUGGCGUGUAUCAGGGAGGCGCCCGAGAAGCGUCCUCGGAUGGUCGAGGUUGCGAACGAGCUUGUUCGAUUGGAGGGAGCGGGGGGGAGAGCAGAAGCAGAAGCAUGGGGAAGUAGACGUCGAGAAAGAAUCUAGUAUUCCAGUGCAGAGUCCAGUCUGACACAGCUGUAUGCAACACUCAGGCUCCUGAAGUCAGUGAACCAAGUACGUGGAGGUAGUAGAUAAAUACGCAGUGACUGC